CUGUGAAUUUAAAAUUAAAUUUUAUGUUAUUAUUGUUCAUUUCAUCACAAGGAUCAAGUUGAUAACAAAAUUAUGAUAGUUCAACAGUUACUUUAGUUGUCUUUGUUACUCUUAAAACUGAGCUAUUAUUGCGUCUUAAUAACUUCAACCAUUUUGUUUUUCUUGAUGUUUUUUUUGGUUUUCCUUUCGAUUAAUUGAAUCGAUUGUUUCAAAUUAAUCGAUCACCAUCUUGUAUUUACUCUCUGUGGAAAUUUGCUCAGUCUAAUCAUCAAACUUUGCUCUCUCUCUUCACUUGGACUACAAUUUCCUUUUUUUCUUGUUGAUCCUCUAGUUGAAUAACUAAUUUUCUGUCGUUGGAAUUUUUUCUUCUAUUCUGUUUACAAUCUUGCUGCUUCCAAAUCAAUCUAAUCAUGAACAUUAGUAAAGUUUUGAUUUCCGAUGCUGUUGAUAAGGCAGCAGUUGAUGUGCUGCUCAAAAGGAAUAUUGAAGUUGAUGUUAAAACUAAAUUAACCCCUUCAGAGCUCAUCCAAAUCAUCGGGAAUUAUGAUGCCUUAAUUGUUAGAUCAGCAACUAGAGUUACCAAGGAAGUAAUUGAUGCUGGUAAAAAAUUGAAAGUAAUUGGUCGAGCUGGAGUUGGCGUUGACAAUAUUGAUGUUGAGGCUGCUACUCAAAAUCGUGUUCUUGUAAUCAAUGCACCCGGAGGUAAUACUAUUGCUGCUGCAGAGCUAACAUGUAUCAUGAUUUUGUCAUUGGCUCGACCUUUGGUUGCUGCUUGUACCAAACUGAAAACUGGUGCUUGGGACAAGGAAUCGUUCAAGGGAAGUGAAGUUAUGGGUAAAACUUUGGCGAUCAUUGGGCUUGGACGAAUUGGUCGAGAAGUCGCUCGUCGAAUGCAAGCUUUCAACAUGCGAACCAUUGGAUAUGAUCCUUUUGUUACCCCUGAUGUUGCUCGUUCUUUUGGUGUCGAAUUCAUGGAAUUGGAAAAAAUUUGGCCUCUCGCUGAUUAUAUCACUUUACAUGUCCCCCUUAUCGAGUCAACCCGUAAUUUGAUUAACCCAAUCACCUUGUCAAAGUGUAAAAAAGGAGUCAUGAUAAUUAAUUGCUGCCGAGGAGGUACAGUUAGUGAAACAGCUCUUGUUGAGGCUCUUAACUCAGGGCAAGCUGGUGGUGCAGGUUUGGAUGUCUUUGAAGAGGAACCCUGUAAAUUUACUGAACUUUUACAACAUCCAAAAGUCAUUUGCACUCCUCAUCUUGGGGCAAGCACCAAAGAGGCUCAAAUUAAAGUGGCUGAAGAAAUCAGUCUACAAUUUUUGACUCUAAUGGAUGGUGAUUCACUCGCUGUUCCUGGAGCUGUCAAUGCCAAUCAAAUUUCGUAACAUCAUCGCCAAAAUUUACACACACACACAACAACACCAAAUUACAGCUAUUUUGAUACCCUGAUAUUUAGUGUGUUCGUGUAUUUGCAACUUUUUCUUCAUAAUCAUCUGAAGGAUAAAACUAUGUGUAUAUCUGAAUCAUGACAGUUAACUUCAUGAGAUGAUUUUUUCUUUGUUUUUUAUGAAUAUGAGAAAAAAAAGAAACACAUCAUGUAUGGAAAUUAUGAAAUCACAACAUUUGAGUUGAUUUUUUCUUCUCUUAUUCUUUGGAAUCAAGUUAACCAUAAAUACACAUGGAGAAACUAAAAGUCUAAUAAAUAGUCAAAAUAAUCGAAAGAAA